AACAAAUUAAAUUAAAUAAAAAUUAAAAAAAAAAUAAAAAAAAUCCAAUGUUCCCGCUCCCCAAAAACGCCGCCCUUUCACCUUCCCCUUCUUAACCCACCAACUUUAACCGUAGUUAACCCACUUAACCCCUCUUCCUUAUAUAUAACCCUCUCUCAACCUUCCCCCACUAAAACGCUCUAAAAUUAAUUAACCCCCAAAAAUAUAAAAAAUAAAAAAUGGCGUUUUACGCUGAAGAAGAAGAAGUUUGGAAAUGCUCAUUACACCCAUCAAAACGUCGUCGUACUGGCGUCUGCCCUUCUUGCCUUAAAGAACGCCUUUCCGCUCUUUGCCCUGACUGUGCUAACGUGCGCCCUUGCUCCUGCUACGCCACCACCUCGUCGUCUUCCUCCGCUUCUUCAUCUUUCUCUCUCCAUUUUACCGACGGCGGUCGGAUUUCUAAUCUCAUCGACGGCGAACCGGCGUUUCGACGGUCUAGAUCUUCCGCCUUCCCGUUCUUCCGAUCAGCGAGAUAUUCCACCGUUGAUGAGAAACCUCCGCCGGAAAAACUCGCCGGGAAAUCGUCGUCGUUUUGGUCGGUGAUUUGGUGGCAGAAGAAACCGAGGAGAGAGAAAGUUGAGGCGGAGAUGAGGAGAUCGAAGUCGGUUGCUGUUGCCGGAAAUAAUGAUGUCGUCGGAGUUUCGAAAGGAAAAGGGUGGUAUUUUCCGAGUCCGAUGAAGGUUUUCCGGCAAUCUUAUUCUAAGACUCCUAAAGUUGUUCACGAACGUUCUCCUUUACAUCGAGGUUGAACUUUUAAUUGUUAAUUUUAUUUUAUUUUUAAAUUAUACUCGUAACGAGUUUAUUAAUUUUGGUAAUUGUUAAUAGCAAUAGAUAAAUGAUUAAAUGAUAAUCCGUACUUGGUAGUAAGCUAAUGUCUAAUGGAAAUCGAAGAGUGUUAAUAUUGGAAAUACUUUAUAUGGGAUGAAUUAAUAAUACGAGUAGUCAAGUUUACAAUUUGUGAUCA